CUCGACUGACAAACCUGUGGAAAAAUAUUUCAUUCUAGAGCAAGUUCUCAAAGAAUCCGAAGAAUAUACACCAAUAUACUUUGACGAGCAAUUACAUAUCAAAGAACCCUUUUCAAACAAAAUGCAGAAAGUUAGGUUUGUAGCUGAAAUGACAUUUCCUUUUGCUGUUGAUGUCUUAGAAUAUGACCCAGGAUCAGGACUUGGGAAAGUUAUUUUUUUGUGGAGAGCACCCGAUGACAGGUCAACCACCGAAAUGAUUUCAUCAGCAACCAGAAUUCAUAAAAUCCUUGAGGGCAGGUUACCAGAAUAUCAUACUCAAGAAAUGAGACGAGAAUUUAAGAAAACCUAUCAGCGAUUUGUCCACAUCCCAGAUUAUAUACUGAGAGCUAUGUACUCUGAUUUGACAUUAGAUGCUACAGCAUCACAGAACCCAAGCAUAGAUGCCAGACUGAGACAGGCAAUUUUGUCUGAAGAUUAUGAUAUGGUGAUAGACAUGAGAACUUUGAACAAGGGUCGACCAGAUGAUACAUUUGAUGUGUUUUUCAAGAAGUUGGAUGAGGAAGUUUCUACAGUAACUGCGGCAGAUGAACGUCGGCAUGGUGAUGUUGCACAUUUUAGCAAAUAUAUCUCUGUACGAGAUUUGAUAGAACAAACAGCAAAGAAGUGCCCAGAUGGAACACCAAUACCCUCAGAGAGCACUGUACUUUUUGCCUUUGUGCCAAAAAAUUCUUAUGUAGAAACUGCUAAGUUAUACAAGGGAAGAAUAAACUUGCAGCAUAAAGUGCAGUCCAGACAACUGAGAGCAUCCCAUGUUGAUGAACAUUAUUGUGCAGCCAUAUUUCUGAACAUGAGGGAGUAUAGUGUGAUGAACAGAGAUGAAACAUGCUUUAUUUGUCUUGAUGAUAAGGCUAAGAUAGAUUAUGGAGAACCUGGUUUAGCAAUAUCUAGUGGUGUGAGAGGAAAGAAAAGCAUUGUGCCAGUAUCCACAGCUUUAUGUGCUCUAGAUCAUGAUGUGGCUUCAAAGGGUUCUUUGACUCCAUCAGUGGCUUUGGUUGUAGAUAUACCUGAAAGUGGGUCUCGCACAGAUACAUUUUACAGAGGACAGGUAUAUGUGACACUAAAGGACUCGGUUUUUCAACCAUCCACUCCAUUUCGGCAUGCUGCAGAAUUAUAUAAAAUUCUGGAUGGGAAUACUAAACCAAUAUUGAUGUUAUACACUGAUGGAGGUCCAGACCAUCGGACAACAUAUGGAGCUGUCAAAUUGUCUCUCAUCAUUUUGUUCAAGUUACUCGACUUGGAUAUACUUAUUGCUGCACGAACUGCUCCUGGACACUCCUGGGCCAACCCUGCUGAACGGAUUAUGAGCCUUCUGAACUUGGCGUAUCAAAACAUCGCCCUUCACAGAUCAGAAAUGAGUAGUCACUUUGAACAGCUGUUAAGGUCAUGUAAUUCAAUGACGGACAUCAGGAAAAAAGCAGAAAGGGAAAGAGGAUUAGAAGAGGCUUGGAUUCAAAGUCUUGAAAGUAUCACAAAUCAGCUCAAUGAUAGAACUAGUAGGGUUCAAUUAAAAGGAAAACCAUUUAUGCCAUGCGAGCCAGCAUCUAAAGAGAACAUUCAAGGAUAUGAGUCAAAAGUGUUUGAUUUUAUUGAUCCAAAUAUGACACUAGGGAAGUACACUCAAGCUGAUUUGAGGAAAGUUAAUGGUUUCAAAUCAUUUGUAGAGAAACAUUGUGUGGAGAGGAACUACAUAUUCCAGGUUUGGUGAAAAAGGUGAGGAAAUGUGAGGACCUAGGUUGCUGUAGGCCUGUGCGUAAUUCCAGUGGAGAACUGCCGCCAUUUCUUCCAGAUCCAGUGAUCAAUCCUGAUGAUCCCCAGCAUUACAAGAAAUUCCAUGAUGUCAUAGGGACCAAUACCACAGAAGAGGACAUGCCCUCUAGGAUAAAUAUGCCACUUGCUAGAGUAGCAGAAGAGCACCAGGGUUGUCCAAACCGGAUAUUGGUUGCACAGAAUGUUCGUAAAACGGUGACAUGUUUGGAGUGUAAGAAGCCCAGGUGUAUUUACAGUCGCAAGCACUUAACUGCGAGGGAAGAAAGAAGUCUCACUAGAGUGUUGGAGCGAUAUAUGUAUACAUGUGGCUCCUUAAUUACACCUGAUGGAGAUAGUCUGCAAGGCACAGUCUUUGUCAGACUUCAGUUGGCCUGUACUACACCUGUGGAAAUAGCGUAUUACUCUGCCAAUGCUGUUGCCCGUAAAGAUGUCUGCUGCUUUUGUGCGUCCUCCGUCGACAUCAUAGAUGAUCAGGACCUUUUGAGAAAGUACAGGGUUGUACUCCCCAUGUGCAGGGAAUGUAAAUCUCGUGGGAAAAAUCACAUUUGUCGGUUGCCAAAAAAGAACUGAUGAGGCCUGAUGUGUUGUGAUAUUUCAGCAAUAAAAAGAUUGAAUUCA